AUGGCAUCUUUAAGUGGUCACCCUGCACGGCCCUCGUCCGCUGCUUCGUCGUCCACGGUAAAUCCCAAUGAUAAUGAAGGAUUCGGCAGUUUCGAUAGCACUGAUAAUGAUUACAAGUCUCAUCGCAUCGCUACAGGCGAAGAUGAUGCUAAAGACAUCGAGGAAAAUGAUGGACUACUAGAGAAGGGAACGGACUACGAAGCUACCCGGAGCCCCCCAAAGAGUCGUUUUAGCUGGGCUGUUCUCUGGAUAGUAGUAAACACUCUAGCGACGAUAGGCAUUGUUUUUACAAACAAAGCUAUCUUCUCGGAUCCGUCUUUGAAGCUUGUACAGUUAACAUUUGCUGCUUUUCACUUCUUUAUGACGUGGUUGCUUCUAUUCACGUUGUCGCGACCUCGUUUCGCGUACUUUGGUCCUCGCCGUAUCGCCCUGCGAGAUAUCAUCCCUCUCUCUGUCGCCAUGUCGUUGAACGUUAUCCUUCCAAAUCUAUCAUUAGCCUUCUCUUCCGUUACUUUUUAUCAAGUUGCGCGCAUUCUACUUACCCCGACUGUUGCAACUAUGGAUCUUAUUUUAUAUAGAUCCAUGUUGCCUCGGAACGCCAUUCUGGCUCUUAUUCCUGCUUGCUUAGGUGUUGGUAUGGUUUCUUACUAUGACUCGCUCCCGACAAAUGACGCCAAUGUAAAGGGCACGUCAAGUUUAGGCGUGUUAUUCGCCUUUAGUGGUAUAUUUGCUUCGUCGCUAUAUACGGUAUGGAUCAAAAGCUACCAGCGGAAGCUAAAAGUGUCGAGUAUGCAACUACUCUUCAACCAGGCACCCGUUUCAGCAUUCCUCCUGCUUUAUGCUAUCCCUUUCGUGGAUACAUUUCCUACUUGGACGGAAGUCCCGAUGGCUCGGUGGUUCAUGAUAUUGACGUCUGGCGUAUUUGCUGCUUUGAUCAACCUAUCACAAUUUUUCAUUAUCGGACAAACAGGUCCAGUUUCGAGUACUGUUGUCGGACAUCUAAAAACGUGCCUCAUAGUGGCACUAGGAUGGGCUACAUCUGGCAGGUCUGUCGGCGACAAAUCAAUCAUAGGCGUUUUUAUUGCGAUAGGGGGGAUUGUGACGUACUCAGCUGUGAUGCUACGGCAGGCAACUCGCGGUUAA